GUCUCUCGUACGAAACCAACAUGGGAAAGUCGAGCUCAAUGUGGGCUUUGCUCCUCCUCGUUCCCUGUGUCCUCGCAGGACCCAUCCUACAAAACUCUUGUGCUUCGGAAUGCCGAUCACCGCUGAACCCCAAGUUCCGCUAUGCAAUUGGCCAGACCUACACUUACGAUUUCCAAGCCAACAGCAAGACCUGGAUGAUGGGCACGUCUGAUGAUCAAGCUGUCCUCGAAGUCAAAGGCCAGGCUCUUGUGACUUUCCGCGACUCGUGCGACGCUGUUCUUCAAAUUCGACAGGCCACAAUUAGCGGCUUGGACGAAAAGGUAGAGGCCAUCGAACUCGAGAAGCGGCCAUUGUCCUUCUCUUGGCAAGAUGGUACCGUUGACUCGCUGUGCCCCGAACAAGAGGAUCCCGUUUGGGUGGUCAAUAUUAAGAGGUCCGUCCUCUCUAUGUUGCAACACACCGCCCAAUUCCUCGAAGUCCCUGAAACCCACGUCAUUGAGAGUGACGUGAUUGGUCGUUGCCCUACCGAGUACACUGUAGAUGGUACUGGUAGUUCGAUCAAGGUGACCAAGACCAAGAUUCCCAACCAGUGCAGCUCUCGUAUCGACCGCCAAUCAUCUAUUCCGACCGUCUCCUACAAUGUUGCUGCCGAAAUUCAAACCAUCCCGCUAAUGAACUCUACCACGGUUUGCGUUAUGCAAAUCAAGGAUAACCUCGUUCAAGCUACUGAGUGCCGUGAGUCUCAUCUUUUCCGCCCACUUUCGUCCGAAGAGGGAGGUGCCCGUACUGAAGUCACUUCCUCCGUCUCAUUGAUCUCGACUACAAGCGCUGGUGCCGCUGCCAAGCUAUCCAGCAACCGCGUGUCCCGUACCUUGAUUUUGGAUCCUCUCGGUGUUCAAUUGGAAUUCCAGGAUGCUAAAGAUGUCGGCCUAGUCAUCCGCAGCAUCUGCCAGCAACUUGCCGCUGAUAGCCCACCAAGAUUCGUUUCCCAGCUUUUCACCGAGUUGGUUCACUCUUUGCGCAAGGCCUCCGUCAGAGAUGUCAAGAGUGCCUACAACAACCUGCGCAGCAAGAAGAUCUGCCCCGAAUCAACAAAGACCGAGAAACUUUUCUUGGAUGCCCUUCCCCAAGCCGGAAAUACUGCUGCCAUCUCCUUGAUGGUCGAUAUUCUUAAGGAGAACAAGCUCAGCAGCCGCCAAGCUCUUGGUUGGUACCUGUCGCUGCCUCUCGCCAAGUUUGCUGAUCUCGACUCCGUUAAAGCUGUUCUGCCUUUGAUCGAAGCUGCUUCAACCUCACCAGUUGCCCUUCUUGGUUUGACUGGCCUUGCUCGUCGCUAUUGUAGCGAAAAUGUCGAGCAAUGUCAGACCAGCACCGAAGUUCUUCAGUUCUCGACUAAGCUGAGCAAAAUGCUGGGCAACAGAUGCAGAGCUGACGCAAAAGACGAAGUCAAAAUCAUCACCGUUCUUAAGGCUCUCGGUAACUUGGGUGUCAUGACUGCUGAGGUUCGCACCACAGUCGCCGAUUGCGCUAAGGACAUCAAACUUCCCAUCACCGUCCGCCUGGCCGCCAUCCAAGCUACCCGAAAUAAUCCCUGUGAGAAGCAGGUGAAGGAGAACUUGUUGACCAUCCUCGAAGACAGGAAGGAAGAUGCUGAAAUCCGCAUUGCCGCCUACCAAGGUGUUAUGCGCUGCCCUUGCUCCCCUUCUAUGCUUCGCAUCCAGAACCUUUUGAACACUGAAGAGACCAACCAAGUCGGUAGCUACAUCAGCAGCCAUUUGCAAAACAUCAGGUUGAACCCAACACCAGGCAAGGAGAAUGCUCGUCUUUUGGUCAAGAAAUUGAGCCUGGACAAAUCUUUCCCAGCUGAUUUGCGUAAAUAUUCUCGCAACAUGGCCGUCUCCCAUUUCUGCAAUAUCAACAAUGCCGGUUGGGAUAUCGAUGCCAACAUCAUCUAUGCUCCUAAAUCGUUCAUCCCCCGUUCAGCUUCCAUGAACUUGACGCUUGACCUCUUUGGCCAAUCCGUCAAUGUUUUUGAGAUUGGUAUGCGUGCUGAAAACCUGGAACGCCUUUUGGAAGCCUAUUUGGGUCCUGAUGGCGUUUUCGAUAAAGAGGGCGUUGCUGGACUCUUGGAGAAGACCAGCGACUCUGUCAGUCAGUUCAGCGAAAACAUCUGGAACCGUGUGGCUUCAGCCACUCGUUCCAAACGUGCCAGCAUCAAGACCAAUGAGCUCAGCAAUCUAGACAAGAUUGUUAACUUGAAGGAUAAACCUUCCGGUAUCAAGCUCGAUGCUUUCCUUCGCGUCUUCGGCUCAGAGAUUGGCAUGUACGCAUACCGUGGAACUGCCAACAGCCAAUCUAGGCUCGAUUUGGUGGAAAAUGUCCAGUCCCGCAUCGCUCAAGCUUUCCGUGACCUGAUCGAGGGAGCUAAGCGCGUCGAAAUCGACGUUGCCCGUUCCAUGAUGUUCUUGGACACCUCCGCUACUUUCCCCACCGUCGCUGGUUUCCCCCUCCGCUUGGCCGUCAAUGGUACCACCACUGUCGGACUCGGUUUGGAGAGCCAGAUGGACUUGCCCGCUCUGCUCAGGGAUCCCCUCAACGCCAACAUCAAGAUGAAGGUUAACCCCUUGGCCGUUACUGAGCUGUCCGCCUCCAUGACUGUCGAUAUCGCCAUCGCCAAGACCGGUAUCAAGAUGGCCGCUACCAUCCACUCUUCGAUGGCCGCCGACUUCUCCGCUCGUCUCAUCCAGGGAACCACUGUUGACGUCAAGUUGGACCUCCCCAAGUCCAAGAUGACUUUGAUCGACUUCAAGUCUGACGUUAUGCUCAUCCAGCAGAGCGCUGACAAAGCUGAACGCAACAAACCUGUUAAGAUUGUUAACGAGGCUACGUACGCACGCGGUGGAUGUUCUGAUCGUUUGAGUUCAGUCACUGGCAUGCGUUUGUGCGCCUCUUCUUCAGUCUCCAUCCCUCGCCCACUGUCCGAUUCUUCUAAAGAUACCGCACCGGCCUUCCCUCUGAGUGGCUCUACCUCUUUUGCCAUUGUCCUGGAGAAGACUGAACCCACCAUGAAGGGUUACCUGCUUUCGGCCACCAGCACUCAGGAGGGACCUAAAGUCAAGUCCUUCUUGAUGACAUUCGACACUCCCGGCUCUAAGACUAACCGCAAGGUUUCCAUCAAGGGAGUGUUGACUUCCGCACCUACUGUUACCGUUAAGGUUGACAGCAAAGCUCCGUGGGGCAAUUUGGCCGUUGAGGCUGAGAUGGUCAACGAAGCUGAUAUGAAAUCGGUGCUCGUGAAGAUUCUCACCCAAGAGAAACGUGAAUAUUACGGUAAAGUCCAGGUUGCUGUGACUCGCGAGGACCGCAAGUAUCUGGCCACUACCGUCGAAGCCGGCUGGCCCCAACAGCCUCGCGCCGUCAUCUUGGAAGGAGGUUUUGGCCACGAAAUUGGCAGGUCCGUCGAGCUGAGCUUGAAGCCUGCUGGCCCCUACGCCAAGUUGCCCUACAACUUCCAGGUUACCAUUGGCCGCGAGUUCUCCGCUACUACCCAGAAGGUGUGGUUGAACAACUUGGAGAUGACUACUCCAUUCGGCAAAGCCCUUUUGUCUACUGAAAUCAGCCGCCAAGAUAAGAACUACCUUGCUGCCUUCAACAUGAAAUACGGAACUGAACAGAAGAUGAACGCUGUCAACUUCAACGGACACAUCCAGACUUCUACCCAGCCCGACAAAUCUCUCUCGUACAAGACCAACGUUCUGUACAAGUCCAGCCGCUUCCCUGUUAUGAACAUCGACCUUAAAUGGGAUAUUCUAAUGUCACCUACGAUGCUGAGCAACGUCUUGGUCUUGGUGCAUGGUCCUGAAGUCGAUCAUUCAACCAACAGGCUUUACUUCAACAAACAAAUCCAACUGAAGGGAUUCGGCACCAGAGAUUUCCUUUUCGAAAACAAACUUGAAGUUACCUAUCCUCGCUACGCCUUGAACCUAAAAGUGGAUCAGACCCUCAAGGUGGACCAGCGUCUCGUCAAGGGGCUUAUGACUGUUCAAAUGGACAAUGUUAAAUUUGUUGACGGUGAAUUGGCUUUGGUAAUUGCCCCCAAAGAUCCCAAGAAUCUGUACGAGCUCACUGCUAAGCUUGCCUAUCCUGGUCGUACCUUCAGCUUGGUUGACACUGGUAGAAAGAUUGACAGCAACAGCUUCUCCGUAUCACCCGUGCUUGAAAUCCAGCCUGGCACUAAGAUCGAACUUAACGGCAAAGCUUCUCUGAUCAAAGAUCAGAAUGGUAUGUCGGCAAACAUGGACUCAGAAGUGCGCAUCCGUGGAUACAACAGCCCUAUCAAGGUUCGCCACAGCUUCCAGUACACUGGAGAUAUGACCGUGACCACUACCAACAAGAUCGAAUGGGCCGGUCAGCCCCAAAUCGUUGUUGAUGGCAAACUUUUCUUCCGCACCCGCAAGAUGCCCGCUGUGGAGCUCGCUUUCUUGUGGAACAACCGUGUAGAUGCUAAAUUGGAAACCCGCCUAUCCAGAGCCGAAUCCAAAUUGGAUAUGGAUAUCAAUUUGAUCCGUCUGGAGAGACGUGUCAAGAUCAACAGCCAGCACAAGUUCUUGGGAGACACCCGCUCGGGCUCCAUCAACGUUGCCUGGGAUGCCGACAGGGACUCCACCAAGCAAGUCGGAUUCGAUGGAUCCUUUACCGUAUCACCGUCUCAGCGCUUGAUCGAUCUCAAAUCGACUGUGAACGUUGAAAAUCGUAUCUACUCUGUCGCUUUCAAUGGUAAAUUGGGAAGUGCUGAUUUCACUAACGGUGAUCACACCGUUCGUAUGGAACUCCUGCUGCCGACCACCAAGAAAAUGGCUUUGGCCAUGAGCCUGUUCAACGUUAACCAAGCCAGAACAAUCAGCAACCGUUUGGAAGUUGAAACCCAAACUCCAACUGGUAACACCUACCAGAUGAGCCUAAGCAAUGCUGUCAACGAUUUGGACCGUAACAUGUAUACUUACAACGCUAACACUGAUGUCACCAUCAAGGGCACUGGCAUUGAAGAUGUCAAAAUGAGGAUUGACAGUAAGCGCAUUGUUAGAGCCGACAAACGCAAUGUCGAAUUCAAGGGUUUGGUGAUUGCACCCAAAUGGGGUCAGAACAUCGACAGUUCCAUUAACGUGGAAGUGACCAAGGAUUCAUUCCGUGUCGGUACCAAGUACCAGCGCGGUCCCAUGCUCGUCACUGUUGAAUCUGCUGGAAAGCGUAGCACCCAGAAUGGUAAACUGAACGUUGAUGGCUUUGUUGAAGUGAAAGCCCCUAAAACAUCGUGGCAACAGACUAAGAUCGCCAUGGUUUCCUCUUACGACAUCACUUCCAUCACGAAUUUCGACAUCACCGAGAAAAUUUCGAUCGAUUACAAAUCAUCAAAAUCGAUCAUUCUUGACACCAAGAUGAAAUUAUCUCCGUCGGCAGCUGAUUUUAGCAUAAUGCUUGAGACUCCAUUUGAAGUUGCUCGUCGUCAAGGCAUGAUCGUAAGCGGUCGUUUCGAGCCCACCAGUCCUCGUAGCGAAGGUUCCUUGGUCGUUAUGUGGAGCUCCCCCAGCCAACGUCAGGCUCAAGAAGCCCGUGUCGAAUUCGACAUGGAGCGUCGUCCCGGCCAGAUCCGUUUCAAGUUGACCACUGCCACACCCAUCAAGUCCCUGGAAAGCAGCGAAUUGUCAUUCGAUAUCCGCUCGCUCGAAGAUAGCAAAAUCUAUGAAGUCGAUAUCGUCGCUGGAUUGUCGGAGGAUAAGGCCAAGUUGAACGGCCGUGUCAAUCUGAACCCGGCUCAACGUGAAGUCGAUCUUACGGUCACUCUGCCCAACUCCAACCCUGUACGCGUGCUUAUCCGUAUUGGUUUCCAAGGUUCUACUUACACCGUGGAAAACCGCGUUGAUUGGGGAACUGGCACUUUCACCGUGUCAGGCACCACCAAGUACGUCAGCAGUGACAACUUCGAAGUAGAGAUGCAAAUCCAUAGCCCCGAACUUGGAAUUAAUAACUUCGAAUUGAAGGGAGCCAACAAGAUGCAAAACAACCAACGUGUCAUGGAAUUCACUGUUAUGAGGAAAUCAUCCACCAUCGCUAGCAUGAAGUCCCUCUGUUCUUACAAACAGGAUAGUACUGGUGUGCAGAUCAGUGGAACCGCUCAGGUUACCACACCCGAAUCACCUUUUUCUGGAACUGUCAAGUACUCGUUCGAAAACAGGAAAGUCAGCAGUAGUGACGAGAAAGGUGCUCUGUACAAAUUGGAAGUCGACGUGACUGCCGAUGAAUUCGUCUUGAACAAAGUAAACAGCCACCUCAAACUAACCAACAAGGAAACAAGUGGUUCCAUUGCUCUCUGCACUUCAAGCAACCAGUGCAACGAAGGAUCUUUCGCUUUCAAGGAUACCGGAUCCAAAAAUAUCAUUGCCAAGGAAUUCCACGCUUUGGUAAAGACAAAGAAAAGCAAUGUUGAAGAAGUCCGUGGUUUGCGCGCUAAGCUUUCGGCCAGCGCUAACAAAUUCGAACACACUGCCGAGGUUUUGUUCGAUGAGGCCAAAAACCGUCUUGUUGGAUACAAGGUGUACAAAAAGGACAGCGAAUUUGGUUUGGAAAUCUACACUCCUAAGCGCAUUACUGGAGCCGCUCUGGAAAUCGUCAGAGGUAGCGGGCGCCAGGCUGUCAAAAGCCAAUACAUCCUGACCGUCUGGUUGGACAAGACCAAGGCCCCCGAGCGUAAACUCGUCAUCGUCACCACCGUCGAGCCCCACAAGAUUGGCGAGAUGGAAGGUUUGACCACUUCUACCACCAUCAAGCACCCGAUCCUGCCCAAGGACCUCGAGUACAAAGUAGAAUUCCAUAAACUCCCAUCUGUGAAGAGCGGUCGUGACCUCUUCCACUUCAAGCUUGAUGCCGACGUCAUGGAUCCUAAGCACCAACGCUGGACUUUUGAAACUUACGUCAAGAACACUUUGGCCGACAAGAACGGUCGCAACAUCACCGUCGAUAUGGAAUUGAAAAGCAAAGGAACUGAUUUAGCUGCUUUGCUGACGGUCUUCGGAGGAAAAACUGCUGAAAACGUUGUUUUGGCUGGAGCCAAUUUGAAAUUGAAGGAAAAAGAACGUAUCGAAAAGGAAUUGUUUCUCCGUCUGGAUGCUUCUCCCCGUUUGGCCUAUUUGACUCUAGGCAGCCCGGCUAAGCAGAUGACUUUGGAAGCCCGUAUGAAUACUGAAGACAUCGUCAGCUACAAACGUUUGCAGCUGUCCGCCUCUACCCGUAUCUUCGGACUUUCUCCCACCGUCUACGUGCUGGACAUGAACACUUCUCCUCAUGUCGAUAUCCGUGUCUUCAGCAAGGGAUCCCCUGAAAACUACCACCAGGUUGUUGGAGGUCUUUUGGAUGAUACUCGUUUCGAGCUUGCAUUGAUCCGCCAACUGAAUGUCCAGAAGAAAGAACUUGCCGCCGUCUACGUCACCUUGAACAGCUCCAGUCUAUUGACUGAACGUGUGACCUGGAAAUUGGACGAUCUUCGUGCACUCCGCACCGCCAUUCGUACUCGUUCCGAAGCUAUCGCCAGCGAAGUUAGCAGCGUUCGCAGCUCGUUGACUCCUGAACUGAAAACCUACAUGCUCAAGUGGCGUUCUUUCGGCAACUUCAAGAACAUCUACGACAAGAUGGCCACUGAUUAUUCCAAGCAGCUGAAUCAACUCAAAACUGAGAUCGAAGAAGACGAAAGCAUGAAGGCCGUCGUUGAAAUGAUGGAGAAGAUUACUCUGGUUGUUAAGAAAAUUGGAGAGCGUAUCGAAGAUAUCGCUGAGCAAAUUGGAGAAAAGAGUGAGUUGGUCGAAGCUAUUGAGAAAGCCAUUGAGAACGUAAUUGAAAACCUCACCGAACGUAUCACGGAGCACGUGAAGAAUGCCAAAAAGACUGUGGCUCAACUGCUGGAAGACCUCUCUCGCUAUUUCGAGCAAUGGAAGAUCCAGUAUGGCCAGGAACAAGGACUUUUCAAUGCCCUCAAAAAUUUCUACCAGGCAAAAUCCGAGGAAAUCCGCCAAUACGUUGCCAACUUCAAGCUCUCCAUUGAUGAACGCUUCCGCAAACUGAUUUCUUGGGUUGAGUCACUAAGGAUCGGUGAUCGUAACAUUCUCGCCAUCCUAAAGGAAGCCAUUUCCAAUGCGAACAUGGAUAUUCUCCGUGAAAGAAUUUCGAAUUUCUUGGACGAAACCAUUCUGUUACCCACCGAAGAAUUUGUGUCUGAAAUAGUUAAGGCUUACCCCGAAACCACUCGCACCGCCUACCGAUAUGUUAAAGUCCCCAUCAGCAAGGUUCGCUUCUACCUUAGAAGGACCAGUCAAGUCACCAGAAAUAUGAGCCAAGUUGCCGAAUCCUCCACAGCUGACAAGGGAAGCUUCUGGAAAUCUUUGGUCGGAGAGGUGGUCGUUUACGACGUUGAGAACGGAGAAAUCAGCUACCAACUACCCCUGAGCCGCAAGAUUCAUAGCUUGCGUGAUCUGUUGAAGAUAUUCGAUGCCGAAUAUUUCCCAUUGAGAGGACUAGUUAUCACUUCUUCGUUGAGGUCUAUGUACCGCGAAAUGCGUGCUAAGUACCACCCGGCUUUGGCUUCCACUCGCCUCAAUGGAUAUGCUUCGUUGAUUGGAUCCAAGGGAAUCAUUACAUUCGACAAGAAGUCGUUCGAUUUGAGCGGUGGCAGUUGCCAAUAUCUGCUUGCUCGCGACUUCCUCAAUAUGGACUUUGCCGUGGCCAUCAACUUCGAGCAACCUUCUGGCGAUCGCAUUAAGAAAUCAGUCAUUUUCACUGACGGAGCCGAUCAAGUUGAGAUCAAGGAUGAACAAGUCUUUGUCAACAACAAGCUUCUGGCUGUUGCUCUUCCCGCUAAACUUAAACUUAAGACUAUCACCGUCCAACGCGAAGAAAACAUCGUUACCGUCAGACGCCAUUCCGGUGCCAUUCUUCGCUGUGACGUCGUUAAAGAUGCUUGCACUUUCGAGCUGAGCCCCUUCUAUGCUGGACGUACUAUGGGUCUGUGGGGUACUUUCAGCAACGAGCAUGCUGAUGACAUGAGCGAGCCCACCGGAAAGAUCAGCAAAGAUAUGACCAGCUUCGUCAACAGCUGGAAAAUCAACAAGACCUGCAAGGACAACGUCCAAACCGUUACUGAAUCUCCUCACGUAAUGCUUCAGUCGAUUGCUUCAUCCGGAGUGGAUUCUAAUGUCUGUGACAACCUUUUCGAAGAUAAGGACUCCGAUCUAAGCUCCUGCUUCAAGGUUGUCUCUCCCGCUCCCUAUCACGACCUGUGCCUUAAGUUUGCCUACAAAGCCAAAACCUCUGAACCCGCCUUCCAAAGUCAGUUGGAAAGCCUUAUCGCUGGCUACCGCGCUACCUGCCAAAGAUGGGAAGUUUCUCUUUAAAACAUCUAACGGGAUACAGGCAAAAUAGAGAAAAAUUUUAAAAAAACAAGACACACUUCCCUUAUUAUUAUAAUACCCUAAAUGUAACACCUAUAUUUCGAUUAAUUGGAAUACACCAUUUAAAGAUGGUCAAA